AACGAGGCCUGCCAAGUUUGGCUCUCUCUCGCCACCCUGUUCCUGAUUUAGCUCACCGAGUGAUAAGCUGUGGGAUAAAGGCUGAGUCCUCCGUGCUGGGCUCCGUCCAGACCUCCUUUGCUGCGCAGGACAUCCAAGAUGGCCAGCCGAAAGGCCGGAACACGAAGCAAAGCAGCUGCAAAGCGUGCACAGAGAGGCUCUUCCAACGUCUUCUCCAUGUUUGAACAGUCACAAAUCCAGGAGUUCAAGGAGGCUUUCAGCUGCAUUGACCAGAAUCGUGAUGGCAUUAUCAGCAAAUCAGAUUUGAGAGAGACCUACGGUCAACUUGGAAAAAUGAACGUGAAGGAUGAAGAGCUGGAAGAGAUGUUGAAGGAAGGGAAAGGGCCAAUUAACUUCACUGUCUUCUUGACACUCUUUGGGGAAAAGUUGAAUGGUACUGACCCAGAAGAGUCCAUCCUUGCUGCCUUCAAGCUCUUCGACCCCAAUGGAACUGGCUACGUGAACAAAGAGGAGUUCAAACAGCUCCUGCUAACUCAGGCAGACAAGUUUUCUGCUGAGGAGGUGGAACAAAUGUUUGCUGUGGCUCCCAUCGAUGUAGCUGGAAACAUUGACUACAAAUCUUUGUGCUACAUCAUCACACAUGGUGAUGAGAAGGAGGACUGAAGAACUGCGACCCAAUUCACAGGGUGCAGUGACCACUUGUGCAGGCAGUGCACUGCAUUGCUAAAACUUCUGCAAUAAAAGGCACACUGAGAAAACA